CCACUGGAAAACAAAUAUCCAACAACAUCCAUAUUGAUAAGUAUCACGUUCUCACGAUUCUCCACUAACAAUUACAGAUUCCCUCACAAAUAUGUAAAGUCUGCAUUGCGAUAUGCUAUAGUAUCGCGCCAGAGAUAACACCGAAUUCAACUGAAGCAAGAUUGGAUAUCGCCAUGCAGUGUCUAUGGUGUUAAUUUUCGAUCGGAGUUUUUUUACAGCGCGAUUCAGCAGAUUAUAAGCACUUUCCCCUGAGAGUUAGGAGUUUGGUUUUGAUAUAAUCCGACGCUAAGUGCAACGGAAAAAUUUUCCAAUGGCACAAGUUUUCGUCGGGCCCUGAAGGGAUUUAAACACUGAAAGUAAAUCAAUUUGUGGAAUAUUCUUCUGCAUUUGAAGAAUUUGUUAUUUCCGAUAAUUCAAUGACCAGCCGAGAAAUUGACGAGGAAACAGGGGCAAAUGCAUUGAUCGUUGAAUCCCGAGGUAUAAUUAUUUCACUGGAGAGCAAAAAGCCACCUGAGAGGAGAAACGGAUCGGAUAUCAAAAUCAGAGAGUCGAAAUGGAGGUUCAGAUUGUGGUGUACAUCUUCUACUGUGGUAUUAGUACAUACCAGUGGGUGGAGUAUUCCAUAGUCACAAAUAUUAUAGUGAGGUGAUUUGAUUUAUGGAGAGAGAAAAAUAGAAGAAAUCGCCAAACAAUCCAAAUCCCACAAUCGGGCACUGAUUUUUUUUCUGGAUAUAUUUUUUACUUUGUAUCGGGGGAAGGGAAAGCCGAAUGAAUAAUAAAUUCUUCUACUGGGUAUUGGUAAUUUUUGCAGAUCCAUUACAUUAUUAUAAAGUAUUGAAGAAGAUCAAAAAUUGGAAAACCUCAGGCAGUACUUUCCUUAAAUAAAUAAUCGUUCAUUUCAACAGUUCAUGAUUUCUGGGAAAAUUUUCCGGUAAAGGUACUACAAUGUGACAGUGGAGAAGGUGGAUUACACUGCGAUGGCAUACAUGCUCUUCCCUAUACCCUUAGUAAUUCCGGGCUCUCACCUAGCUGAAUGCAUAGGUUUGAGGUGGACCAACAUUGUUGGCAGCGGUCUAAUCUGCCUCGGUUCGUGCAUUAAAGUCUUCUCGGUGCAUCCCGAUCGAUUUCCAGUGACGCUCAUUGGUCAAUCGUUUUUAGCAAUUAGUCAGGUAGUAAUUCUGACUAUUCCCGGACGUCUUGGGGCACUGUGGUUUCCACUCAGACAGAUAUCCACGGCUACGUCGUUGGCUGUGUUUGGAGCACAACUUGGCAGCGCUUCCGGAUUUUUCUUCACCCCACUAUUUAUUAGGAAUCAUGAUAAUGUCGAGAAUAUUGGAGAAGAUCUCCUGCGGUUAUUUCGGAUCAUGGCUGGACUCUCCACUCUAGCAUUUCUGCUAGUUAUUAUACUAUUCAAAGACGAGCCAAAGUAUCCCCCGAGUGAAGCACGGCUUAUUCAGAAAAAUAAACGGGACGCGGCAGAAAUGGCAUUGAAGGCACCACUUAAGCGCCUAAUGAAGAAUCAAAGUUACAUAAUACUGUGUAAUUCAUACGGAUUAGGAAUUGGGGUGUUAAAUGCUCUCAGCACAAUGUUGAACCAAAUUGUGUUGGCCCACUUCGAGGAUGGUCAAGAAUUCGCUGGUAGAUUGGGACUCAGCAUUAUUGUUAUGGGAAUGUUUGGUUCUAUUGCAUUUGGUGUUAUUCUCGAUAAAACUUCAAAGUUCAAGGAGACCACGGUGACAGUUUAUUUUUUGACUUUGUGUGGAGAAAUAUUUUUUGCUUUUUCAAUGUGGUUGGAGAGUAUUCCCUUAGCCUACAUAGCAGCCUGUUUCCUGGGGUGCUUCAUCUCGGGUUAUUUGGCCCUGGGUUAUGAAAUGUGUGCCGAAUAUACCUACCCCGAGUCCGAGUCACUGACCACUGGAGUUUUAAACAUAGGAAAUAACUUAUACGGAAUAAUUCUGAUCAUAAUUAGCAACCGACUGAAGCAAUACCAUGGAGAUAUGGCUGUGCACAUUUGUCUGUGUUCAUCCCUUCUUGUCGGCUUCAUCAUGACAGUCUUCACCAAAGAUGAACAGAGACGUCAAAAUGCCAGAAGAAACAACCUCUAUACCACUGUGUCCCACUAAUGAUAGUGUAGCUCGGGCUGAGUGUACGAUAUAAUCCAUUCAAUUGUUCCGAAAAUUUGUCCCGUAUUAUUCAAUUUAAUUUAAUGCAAUUAUAUAACGUGGAAGAAAAUGCCA